GCGGGUUGGAUGAAUUUGACCUUGUUUGGAGGACAAACUACGGUUGAGUGAUGAAAUAAGGUUUUCCUUUGGAAGUUUAGUAGAUGGUUGUUAUUGACAAUAUAUAAGCCAACCAGAAGACUUUUUGGGUUAUUUAAUUAUUUGUAUCACAUGAGGGUCAUCUGCAAAUCAUAAGCUAACUAAAAUACAAUAGAAAAGUUGUCGAACGUGAAUGAUGAACUAUUGUAUGUGAAUUUUCAUGAUUUUCAUUACGAAAUGACAUCAUCCAUAGUGUAACAACUCCUUUUUCUUUUAUGGGAGGAUCAGAUUAGCCCUCGAAUGUGAUUGGUUCUUGUAUAUGCUUGAAUUCUGCCAACAUUUUUUCUGGGAUACGGAGUCAGACAAUAGUAGUUUACUGUUGUCACUGAUACACUUAAGAUGUACUUCUCAUGCACUUGCAAAUCACUAAGCUGCUCUAAAGUCACAAGACAUGUCAAAAUAGGGUUAAUAGUGUUUGGAAAUUAGUUUAGGGCUUUCAUCACGAUGAUACAUGUUUAAAAAAAUCGUCAGGGAGACUGUAAUUGAUGGUCUGGAAAAUUAGAUCUGAAAUUGCGAUUCCUGGAUUUCGGUGCAGAAGUCACUAAUCGAUAUAACGAGACUACAUUUUGGAACCAUAGCUGAGGUCAGGUUGUGACGAAAACCCUAAUUUUAAUUCAUAAUCCCGACUUGAAACUCUAACGUCUAGUCUCGACUCCUCACUUGAUUUUUAUAACCGUAUUUAGACUAAUAAGUGGUCAGAGUUCCACAAAGACAGAAGAAGUGGAGUACUUAAUUUCAUAAGACUUUUAAGAUCGUACUUAAUUUAUGUUUUAAAAAAAUUCUGUUUUUACUGUUGAUAUGGCUGUCUGCUAUGACUGAAAUAACCGCUAUUUAUUUCGACAGAACAUGUCAGCGCAAGAAAACAAUCAAAGCCGUAGGCGAAGAUUUAUUUAUUCAUGUACCACUGGUUAAUACCAUAAUGAAAAUAAUGAUGAAAAAUGUAUGCGAAUUUUUAAAAGUUCAGUCAUUAGAUAAACUUAAAUAUGUUCAGUUGGCAGUAGUUUGCAUACCGUUAUACUCAAAUCCUUAUGUUCUUCCAUUUUUUACCUGGUCUUCUUAUUUCUUUCGAAUGACCACCUGUAUAAAAGUUAGAUAAUCAGUUUGACUUCUUUAAAAGUUUGGUUUUCAACCUGUUUUUUGUUCUGAUUUUCAGUUAUCCGAUGCCAACUAAACAAUAUAUCUGUUCACAGCCUUUCUACCGUUAAAUCUCAUCCAUUGUAAUUACCAGGCGUUAAAAUGUCAAAUGGAAACCUACACAGUGAUUUAUUCCUGCAUUAUUAUAAAGCGUGGGGUGGAGUUGAAGUCUAUGAGUCAGAAAACUUAGGGAUACCAGAUUUCUUUCAACGUGUACCACAAGAUAAUGAGAUUUUACCUGCGAAAUUACGGGAGGACGCUAGGUCCGCUUUGUUGGAGAGAAAGAGUUUGAGAUUGUUGUCUAAUGUUGAACUUCAAGAGUUUUGGUAUCUUUUGGAACGCUAUCACUCACCUCCUACAGUUAAUGGUGAAAAAUUCAUGGAUUAUGAGAAUUUUCGCAAAGCAUCUAAUGAAGCAUCUCCCAAGGCAAAGCAAUAUUUCACAGCUGCUACAUUUGUAAAAUUACUUCGUGAAGACGAAGUUUUGUCACGUAUUAAUAUCUUAACAUUUUUCAAUUAUGUCAUGAAGAAAGUAUGGUUGCAACAAACCCAUGUUGGGAUAUCUCUUUACGAUGUGUGCGGUGAAGGUUAUUUGCGAGAGACAGAUCUGGAAAACUAUAUGUUGGAACUUAUCCCUACUUUGUGUCAGCUAUCAGAGUUGGAGCCAACGUUCCAAACAUUCUAUGUAUGCACGGCUGUACGAAAGUUCUUCUUUUUCCUUGAUCCCUUACGUUCUGGUCGUGUGCGUAUCACCGACAUUUUAGCUAGUGGAUUUCUAGACUCUAUGCUUGAAUUACGUGAAGUAUCUACAUCAGAGGCACAAUUAGCCGCUAAUUGGUUUAGUCAUCAAUCAGCUGUACGUGUUUAUGGUAGCUAUUUGCUCUUAGAUGAAGAUCGAAAUGGCUUAUUGACACGCAGUGAAUUAUCACGAUUUGGAAAUGGUACAUUGACCGACGUAUUUCUCGAUCGUGUAUUUCAAGAAUGUCUAACUUAUGAAGGUGAAAUGGACUACAAAACUUAUUUAGACCUGGUUUUGGCUAUGGAAAAUAAACAUGAGCCGCAAGCAAUUGCUUAUCUUUUUCGUAUUCUUGAUGUUGGUGGUCAAGGUAAACUGACUUCACUAACAUUGCGGUAUUUCUACGACGGAAUAGAAGACAAACUACGUGCGUCAGAUAAUGAUACACCAAGUUUUGACAAUGUAUUAAAUGAAAUCUUUGAUAUGGUACGACCAGCGAAUCCCCAUUACAUCACUUUAGAUGACCUUAUCAAUUGUGGUAAGGGUGACACAGUAAUAAACAUAUUAAUCGAUCUCCAAGGUUUUUGGGCCCAUGAGAAUCGUGAAGCUUUUACUUCCGAAAUACCAGAUGAAGCCGAAUUAUAAAUCGGAUUUUCAUUAUUCACUGAUAUCCAACAUUGCAAUCAGUGUUAAUUUGCUCAAUGCAUUGUUACUGAAAAAAACAUAAAUGAACUUAUAUACUUAUUGGACAAUUGAACACUUCUAAACUUUCGUAAUGUGUCUAUACUUAAAAAUAUACAGGACUUUUGCGAAGU